CUUGAUUGUUAUGUGUCAUUUAGUGACAUUCCAGCAUUUUUUUCUGUACGAACGACUUUAGAUCCGCAUAUUAACACGCACUUAGUCAUAUCAUGAAUAAAAAAGAUAAGAGGAAAGGCUCCCGAUCGGAUAUGAUAGAACAGUUACAAGUACUGUUCGACAGCACAUCCUCCUUAGAAGCAGUCCCAGAUUUUGAUCGCUCUGUCAUAGAGGAACAGGCUAAGCGAAGGUUCAAGCAAAGUACUCGUCAUUUUUCGCAAAAAAAGAAGAUCCUUUUUGAUAAAAGAAAGUACUUCACUGAUAAUCCCCGGAUGAAUGAUGAGAACCGCCGGAACUUGCGAGAUGAACCUUCAUGGUAUGGAUAUCCUAAGGAUAUGGAAGAAUUUGCUCAGAACAUCAUGAUAAAAGCAUGGAGGAACGAUAUCCGUCUCAAGGAACUAGCUAUGAAAUGUCAAGAUAAGCCUAGCUACCAGGGUAGAUUUAGACUAGAUAUGGUCAACAGGUUAUAUGUAAAGGAACCAAAACAUAUACCAAUGAAAACAGUGCUGGAUGUUGACAGCAAAUAUUUUGAGACUAUCGAGGGACGUCCGAACCCUGAGAGGUUCAGUUUAAGAGAGUACAUAGACACAGUACGAGAAACGUUGAGAAUAAAGAUAGCAAUCGGUUACCGCGACGACGAGAUUAUGCUGAUUGAAGAGAAUCUGACGAUGGAACAAAAAAUGAUCAAUAUAAUCAACCAUAACUACCAAAAUUACGUCAAUGCUUUCGAAGUGUUUCUCUUUAAAGAUCACCAUAACUCCAUGGCCAUCUUAGAGGAAUGUGAAAAAACUUCAACAAAAGCAAUCGAACGGUACGAAGAGUACAAACUGGCCGCAAAAAAAUACGCCUCUAUGAAAUCCGCACUAUACUUUUCUGAGGAAAAGUGGAGGGACUGUAAAAUGUAUCAGGAGUUCUUAUUCAACAUGAGCCCGGUACGUUUCCGUCUAGCACAUCCCGCACAGUCCAAAAACGUUGAUACCAUUGCAGAAGAUAUCAUGGACGAUGACAUCUUCGCGAAGUACAAAAUCGCUCUAGAUGACGCUGAGCUCACGUUAUCUGAUAUAAAGGAAAUCGCAAACGAAUGUCAGAGCGCCUGUCCAGCUGAUAUUUACUUCAAAGAACCUAGUGAAUUGGUCGAGGUGUUUAGGUACAUGGAGUUGCAGAAUUUGAACAAUCUUUUAUAUUGCGAAGAAUUAUCUGCACCAUUAGAAACUGUGAAGAAUACAAUGAUACAGGCAGAGAAGAUGUUUGAUAAAGACAUCGCCAGCCUCAGUGAGAUCAUAGGAAGACUAGAAUCUGGAAUCAUGUGGGAAGAAGAAAGAGCCAAAUACUUAGAAGAUUACGCAAAAAAAUUGAUCAACCAGGAGCUCAGGCACCUAAUUAUCGAUGAUAGUAUUCUAAAUCUUUACGUCUUUGUUGAAGACUGCUUUGAAACUAGAGUUGCUCCGAAUGAUGCCAAUCUAACAAUGUUAGAAAUGAUCAGUGGCAUAUCCAAAAAGUACGGAGAUGAAUUACUCAUUAUGGAAAAGGUACCUAAAGAAAUAAUAUCGGCGCUUGGAGAAAGCUGCGUCCAAGAGAAUAUGGCGACAAUGAGACUUGCAGAAAAGGCUGCCAAGCAAGUUGCCGAACUGCAUAGAUUGACCGCUAGCUUGAUAAAGACCUUUGCGCCGCCUUAUAAGAAACCCCCAUGUAAAGGGAGAUCCGUAGUCUUCGAUAUAUUUAGGUGAGGAGGUUGAAGUGGUUCACCCUGUAUAACGCAUCUAAAAUGUUUCUAAGAGCCAAGAAAUAGAUCUGCGGUAAAACGGCCUCCCGCGUUGAAAAAAGUACCUAGCCGCAAGCUUACGCCUGAGGAAGAAGAAUACCUAGAACACUUCACAGACUUUUGCAAAUACACAGACAAUCCCAAAGACUUCGGUGUUGAUACUUCUGUGAUGCAAAAACUUGCACGGUACCAGUUAAAAGAGAAGGAAGAUGCAUCUGAGGAAAGGAUUGUUUUUGGGGCUUCUUCAAAAUCUGGCAAGGAGGGAAAGAAAUAGUAUUGAUGUGGAGUGUAACAUUGAAAUAAAUAUAUUCAUAGUGCUU